UGUAACCAAAGCGGCACGACCGGCAUCUGCCAAAUUUCAAACUCCUCGCUUCGCCCACUCCUCGUUCGACCACUACGUCAAAAUUAUUGACGAGUAACUAUUGUACAACACUUCACGGUACCACUGCUAUAUCUGAACCAGCGCCAAAAAGAUCUGAUAUCCUAAUUAUCGAUCCCAUCUUGAUUCUUGAUUGUCUACCACAACAUUCACCAAAAUGCCUUCAAGGAUUGCUGAGCCCUCAGCGUCAGACACGACAGUGACACAGGAGAUACCGUUCAUUACCUUUCCGCCCUUCCCACAACCCCCACCAGGUGUGACGCUUAUCCCUUUCAAGGAUUUCCGGGCGCGCGGGAUACAGCUGUUCGCUGAAGUUGUUGGCGGUUCAAACGAGGAAGACAUGGAACUCGAUGGGCUGGGGAUACCCACAGUUGAGUUGCGCGUGAAGCAUUCAACCGACGAGUGCAAGAGCAACACACGUAAGAGGAAACGCAAGAAGAAAACUGCUGCUGCAGAUGGUGCACCUGCAAGGAAGGUCCCGUGGUACGAAGAGUGGGAGGAAGGCGAGGAUCUGCGUAUUACGAAGGGCAAGUUCGAUUCGAAUAUCACUCAUGUGGAUCGCCUUUUUCAUGCUGCGAAUGACUUUCGGGUCAAUCGCACUUGGCCGCCGAUCACUUCUGGGGUCAGCCAGCUCUGGGAUCAGUUUCGUCUGUACGUUGGACUCCUUGUCAAUCCAAAUAUCUAUCGCAAACCGAGCAAAGGCGGAGAAGCAGACGACGACGAUGAAGAUGAAGGUGACGGCCCUCCUAACAUCCAGAUCAACGCGGAGGACACCCCUGGACCAGUUUCUCCCUCAAAGGAUCAUGCUCCUCCAGGUUUCUCUGUUGAGUUGGACGAUCACGACGACGACGAAGGUAAUCUGCAGGCACGCAAAUCCGAUCUGGAGGAACAGCGCGAGGAGAAGCUCCUCGUGUUCUUGAACGACCCCGAGAAAUCGGUGACAAUUUUCCUAUCGUCUCACAUGCGUGAACAGGGCCUCAUCUGGUCGGAGAGGAAUCUCAUCAACACACCACACCUCAUCAGUUUUUUCCUGAACUUUGUCCUGCGGAACCGCGUCCUCCAAAAAGCCUCGCAUGAACGCGGCAUCCGCAGCGCCCUUGAUAUUGUGGAGCUCGCGAAGAAGGAGCUUCCCCUGACAUACAAGAUUGGGCAGGCGUUACCUGAUAUGUUCGGCGAUGGCUGCAAGGAGUGCUUUGGCAGGAAAGGCGGGAUUGAAUGGUCCUUUGACGAACAUCGGAAAGCAGAUGAUGAUGAUCCUCCAGCCGAUGCGACUAUUACUGUUACCGAUCAGCAUGGUGCAGAAACGGAGAUUGUUCUCCCAGAUACGGAAGAAACCGCACUCAAAGAUGCCAUCGAGGACAACGUUGACAUGGAGGUCCAGAUUACUGACAUGCUCACUACUGCCCCCGUCGCCAAUGCCAACACCACUACCCCUAUCGUCACCGCCACUACCACCGCACCACCCGACAUCUGGUCUGCAGACACAGCAGACACCGUUGCCGGCGGGUGGGGUGCCACGGGCGAUACCGAAGGCUGGGGUUCUGUGGGUUCUGACGCCUGGGGUGCCAUCGGCGAUGGCGGCAAUUGGGGCCCUGCGGAUGACAAUGACGAAUGGGGUGCGGACUCCGCCCCACUCUCAUUUGCACCCGAAGUGACUGAGCCCUCUUGGCUUUCCCCGCCGCCCUCGCUCACGUCUCUCCUGGGUCCAACCUCUCUCCCACUGACACACAGCACAGGGAUCGUGGAGUCCUCCACGCGCCGCAUCAAAGCGAUCCACCCGCCCCCGAAGGAUAAGGCGAAGAUCAAGGGUGAUACAGCGGAAAUGGUGGAGGAUGAGUUAGAGAGGAGGUUUGCGCGGGUUGUCAUGAGCCCGUGGGGCAGGGAGGAGAGCGACAUCCCGAAGCCAUCCAUUCGCAAGACCUCCCGCGGCGCAGUGGUCACGCCCGACGGUGAGAUUGAAGGCAGCGGGCCCGGCAAGCCGCACAAUCCGUAUGAAGAUGAUAUUGUGCUGGUUGUAGAGCCUGCCGUACUCGAUACGCUGAGCCUUGGGAUGGGGCUUGGUGGGCUAUGGGUGCAGAUCGUGCGCGAGGAGGUGGAGGCUGAUAAUGAAGCGCCGAAGAAGUCUCACGCAAAGCGCGGGAAGAAAGGCAAGGGCCCUCUGGAUGAGCUUUCGGGAAACUACUGGUAUAUCGAAGAGCUAAUGGGCAUCUUCCCAAGCUAUUUCAUGUCUAGGGAGAAUGCGAGGUAGACAAGCUUUGGAGGAAGUUUUAAAUGUUUGUCUUGUCAUGCUUUGCUUUUUGCUUUCGAAGUUUAGUGUUUGACGCCAUCACGAUGUAUACUUACCUUUGCCGUAGCCAAUGAUUGCAUGUGCCUUCAUACUUAUCUUGGACUGAGACGUUGGAUUUCAGUUCACAGCUGGCCAAAGUAUCAUUCAUCA